AUGUUACUGUAACUGUAGUUGAUGUUUUUUUGUCUCUUAUCUUCCAGAUGACAUCAUGCAGCAGGAGAGUGAUCGUCUGUUUGCUGCAGACAUCGAUCCUGACCUCAGGAAACGGUUUGCUUUCCUCUCAGGGGGUCGAGCUGAGAACGGCAGUCCCAUCAUCGUGUUCCCAGAAUUCCCUGCUUUUGACGAGCUCCAGGAGGAAGAGUUCCACAACGUGCUGACCUACCUGACCAGUGUGCCCAGUGUGACAGCGUCUGGAGUGGGCUUCAUCCUGGUCAUCGACCGCCGCCAGGACAGAUGGACCGCCGUCAAGGGGACCCUGCUACGCAUUGCA